AUGGAGAGCUUUUGCCUUGAAGGGCACGGACAGAGGUUUGCACACUGGACCGAAGAAGCAUCCCAGCUCCUUCAGGGAACCCUUGAGCCUGUCUUUAGGGUGUCAAAAUCCACCACCACCAAACAGUCACCCAGCAGAAGAGUUGUGGUUGAAGAGGACACUGAUAAGGUGCAACAGCCCACCAUUGUGAGAGACCUUCAUACAGCUUGGUACUGGGUACAAAAUAACAAAGACUUAUUCUGUGGAGAGGUGACAGAGCCUGCUUUUCUGCAGAUGAACAGUGACGAUCAACAAAAUGCACUCAGAAAGGCCCUGAGCAGUGAAUUCCCGGAAGCAAAGGAUGACUUUUUGUUUAUUUUUCAGUCUCAAGAUGACAUGGAAACAUUUUUGUCAUACUGUGUUGAUAAACAAGGCCUGAAAGUCAAUGUCAAGUUCCUCAAUCAGUAAUUAUUGUAGUAGACGAGGGAGGAAGGGAAUGA